CCGAGCCGAGCCGCGCCGGGCCCGCCGCCGCCGCCGCCGCCGCCGCCAUGCCCCAGACGGCCCCGCCGCCGCCUCCCGCCGCCGCCGCCGCACCAUGAAGCGGCAGAACGUGCGGACGCUGGCGCUCAUCAUGUGCACCUUCACCUACCUGCUGGUGGGCGCCGCCGUCUUCGACGCGCUGGAGUCGGAGGAGGAGACGGCGGAGCGGCUGCGGCUGGAGGUGAAGAGCCAGGAGCUGAAGAGCAAGUACAACCUCAGCGCCGAGAGCUACCGAGAACUCGAGUGGGUCGUCCUCAAGCUCAAGCCGCACAAGGCCGGCGUCCAGUGGAAAUUCGCCGGUUCUUUCUACUUCGCCAUCACCGUCAUCACUACCAUAGGUUAUGGCCAUGCAGCCCCCAGCACGGACGGGGGGAAGGUCUUCUGCAUGGUCUAUGCCCUUCUGGGGAUCCCCCUCACCCUCGUCAUGUUCCAGAGCUUGGGCGAAAGGAUCAACACCUUUGUCAGGUACCUCCUCCACCGCAUCAAGAAGUGCCUUGGCAUGAGGCGGGCGGAGGUCUCCAUGGCCAACAUGGUCACCAUUGGGUUCUUCUCCUGCAUCAGCACCCUCUGCAUCGGGGCAGCCGCCUUCUCCUACUACGAACACUGGAGCUUCUUCCACGCCUACUACUACUGCUUCAUCACCCUCACCACCAUUGGCUUUGGGGACUAUGUGGCCCUGCAGAAGGAUGAAGCCCUCCAGAACAAGCCACAGUAUGUGGCCUUCAGCUUCGUCUACAUCCUGACGGGGCUGACGGUCAUUGGGGCUUUCCUCAACCUGGUGGUGCUGCGUUUCAUGACCAUGAAUGCCGAGGACGAGAAGCGGGAUGCCGAGCACCGGGCGCUGCUCACCCGCAAUGGGAAAGCCAGCAGCAUCCACACCGCGGACACCACCUCGGCCGCGCCGGCAGCGGUGGGGGGCAGCGGCAGUGGCGGGGGUGGCUUUCGGAACGUCUACGCCGAGGUUCUCCACUUCCAAUCCAUGUGCUCGUGCCUGUGGUACAAGAGCCGGGAGAAGCUGCAGUACUCCAUCCCUAUGAUCAUCCCCAGGGACCUCUCCAACUCAGAUACCUGCGUGGAGCAGAGCCAUUCCUCACCUGGCCGCUGUCCAGAGACCCCCUCCAACAGAUGCUUCUGCAAUGCCCGCCGGUCAGCUAUCAGCUCCGUCUCCACCGGUCUCCACAGUCUGGCAGCUUUCCAGGGGCUCAUGAAGCGUCGCAGCUCCGUGUAGCCCCUCUCCAUCCCCACCUAUGCUCCCUGGACCCCCCUUUCCCUUGGCCCCGUGGCCAAGGACCUUUCUUGGUCAUGGCAGGAGGAAACUACACCGGGGUCUGACUGCGGGGGGGAGGCAGUGGGCUGGGACCCCCUCGGGGAGACGAUGGGCUGUGCUCCUCUGACAGGACUCAAAGGGGAUGCAGGAGCAGUGGGAAGGCUGCCCCGGUCCUCUCUGAAGUGGGAAGAAGGGAGCUGCUGGUUUUAUUUUAUUUUAAUUUAAAUUAAUUUUAUUUUAUUUUAUUUUGCAAAACCACUCCUCAAAAAUGUGAAACUUGAAGAGCUGGAGGGUGUUUUUACCUGAUGAGGUGAGGGGUACGCUUGCAUCUCCCACUGUGAUACCUCUGUGCAAGCGGUUGGGGACCCCCACAGCCCCCGGGCAGCCCCAUGGCAGCCUGAGCGUGCAAGGCUGCAUGCAACGGCACGGCCGUGAGCCGGACACAUGAGUGUGUGUGCACUGGAGGCCUUGUGAGAUGCAGGGAGAGGAGGACAUGGGGCUCCCGGCCCUGAUGGUGGGCAGCAGCAGGGUCCUGUCCCCUCCAUCCUCUGCCCCCUCCAACCAUGGGGACACGCCAGGGAAGGCAGGUCCUCGGGAGGCAAGGGAUGCCACGGCAAAGGCAAGCAUGCAUCAGCGGGCAAAUCAGGCUAAGAGGGGCUUAGACGGAGCUUUUUGAUCACUACACACAUCAGCUUGCUUGCCCCUGUGGCCGAGAAAACAAGCCGUGAGUCACGUAGGCUGCUGAAAACGCCUGCCACAACUCAGUGGGCAGCCCUCAGAGAGCUUUAUGGGGUUAUUUUAACCCUUUUUAGAUGGGCAAAUCUGGGCGUCCCCAGGAUUUUCCUAGUGGUGAGGCAGCAGGAUGCUCAGAGCCAUCCCUGGGAGGCAGGACAGGCAGCCGCAGCACAGUCCCCUGGGACCACCUCUCCAUCCUCCCCGCAGCAGCUCUGGGGCUGGAGCCGUUACCCUUGGGGAGCAUUUUUGGGGGGACAACCUGGGGCAUCGGAAGACUUUUUCACCCUUCUUCUCCUUCACAGCCCUGGGCUGCGCCAGUCCCCUUUCAACCCGCCUCACCCUGACACCUUGAGCCCAGAGCAGGGGAUGCUCCUGGGGCUUCCCCCACCUGAGACCCAGGACAUCCCGGGGGUCACCUCUGGCACAGCCACCUCAUCAUGGUGUGACAGGAGCAAAACCAUCUUUCCUUGUCCCCCUCCAUGCAUGGGGCAGCCCCCAGCCCCACAGAGAGCACCCCCAUCACCCCCCCCCCCCAGGACCGUGCUCCCCCUGCCAGUACCCAAAGCACAGGCUGUCCCCCUGCCAGCAGGGACACCGGGGGACACCAUGACAUGCACUGGCCCCUCUUUGAGCUCUGGGGGUUCCAGGGGGACUCUGAGAACAGCCAAGGCCCCCAGCCCACCUGUUUCUUUUCUCACCUUUUAACAGAAGAAAAACAAUAUGUUUCUAAUACUUGAUGACCUGUACAUAAUGUUAGAUACCAGAAAGGAUAUUUAUUAUAAAUGAUGCUAUCGUCGUAUCUAUAGAAAUCUAUAAAUAUCUAUCAGACAGGAGUCUUGGGGGAAACUUGCUGAUGACUCCAGGGAAUUUCUUUUCGCUCUCUGCAUCUUUCUCAUCCUAGGGCACCCAUGGGGAGCUGCACUCCCCCUGGCAAGGUUUCUCUGGUUCUCAUGCCAAAGUAUAUUUGUACCGCUGAGUUACUUUCCUUAGAGAGAGAAAUAAAGGAUGGUUCAAACCUCAGCACCGCCUCGACUCCUUCCCUCAGGUGCUGGAUGGGGAGGAGGGGCUGGCAGCUGAGGGUCCUGGUCCCCUGGGACCUCCCCGUGCCGUGGAUCUGUGCCCCACCACCUUUGCUCUGCAGGACCGGGAAGUGUGAGAAUUUCCUCAGGAUGAGCCUCUGCCUCUCUCCUGACUUUAGCUAGGGACAAGGGAGAGGAAAGGAAGGAAAGAAAAGCUCAGCUUUAAUCUCUGCCAGGGCUGCAGCAUCCUUUGGUGGACUCAGUAGGAGAAGGGUCUUGGGUGGGCAGCUAGGUAGCACAGAGCCCUUUGGGGCUCCCCAACCUCUUCCAUCCCACCAUCACCCACUGAUGGAAGGCUAGAGGGGACCCUGCAGCAGCUUUUCACAUGAGAGCCCCCCAAACCCAACAUAGCUGUAUCCCUCCUGCUCUGCCCAUAGCAGCAUCUCAGCAGCCCUCACCCAGGCUGGAGAUCUCCCUCUGCUCCAUGCAACAGCAAGAAGCAUUCAACCGUUGUGAUCUGCUGUGUGACCCUGGGGGGACAGGGCUGAGCCCCCCUGUCUUGGGCGGCAUGGGGAAACUGAGGCACAAACAGGAGAUGCACUCUGCAGAGAGCCGGGGGGUACCUUGAAUGGUGGUGGGCAUCUGGCUUCAAACUUCCAAGGGGAUUUGGGCAUCACUGAUGGCCAGGAUGCACUAGGAUGGACAGGGACAUGCCAUCUUGGUGGCUGGGGCCAUCAGCAGAGCUUUGGGCUGCUCUCCUGCCUUUAAGUGGAUAAAACCUGCUCCCUCCAAACCCAGGCAAGAGCCGCCAGCUAAUCUAAUAAUGCUAAGCCUGCAAAGCGCAGAUCUGUCUUGGCAGCAGCCGACAGAGAGAGAGUGGCUCAUCUGAGCAGCAGCUUUCACUGUGCCCAAAGGUGCACCCAUGGGAUGCAGGGGCAUGGGGGGACUGGGUGCUUCCCCAGCAUUCCAUUCUUCUGUUAUCCCUCUCUGCUGCCCCUGGGUGCAUCUGGAGGGGGUAAAGGCUUCCCUUCAUCCUCCUCUGUCUCCAGUGUUUCCCAUCAGGAAGACAGGAUGCUGAGCCAGCUGGAGCUUUGAUCUGAUCCAGUACAACGAUUCCCAGGGUGUAACUGGUCCCCCCAGGCUCCCAGCCCUCUGCAUGCAGAUGCCAAUACGCUCAGCACUGCCCAUCCUCCUGGCACUGGGGGCAGCUGGGGACAAAGUCACUGAUCAGUUGGCAUGGACUUGUUGAGCUGGUGACAGAGGGCUGAGAGUGCUGGAGAUGCCAGAGGGACCUGGAGAGGAUGGAGAAACUGUCAGAGGAACCUCAUGAAGUUCAAUGAGGAGACAUGCAAAGUCCUGGCCCCUGAGGAGGAACAACACCAUGUAGCAAUGGCCACUCAACUGGAAAGAACCUCAGCAAAGAGGACCUGGUGGACACCACGUUGACCGUGAGCCAACAGAAUGCCCUUGCUGCAAGGAAGGCUGAGGGUAUUGAGCUUCAGUAGGCAAAGCAUUGCCAGUAGAUUGAGGGAGGGGAGCCUUCUCCUCUGCUCAGUGCUAGUGAGACCACAUCUGGAGUGCUGGGUCCAGUUCUGGGCUCCCCAGUCCCCAAGAGAUGUGGAUAUACUGCAAAGAGUCCGGCAAAGGGCUGUGAAGAUGGUGGACUGGAGCAUCUCUCUUAGGAGAAAAGGCUGAGGGAACUGGCGAGCAGAGAAGGCACAGGGGAGUCUCACCAUGGCUGUAAAUACCUGGUGGGGAAGAGGACAGAGCUGGGAUCUUCCCAGUGGUGCCAAGUGACAGGACAAAAGGCUCAGCCACCUCCAGCAGGUCCCCCAGCCCCACCAUCCACUUUGGAGAAGUAGAGCAUCCCCAGGAGAGCCAUAGGGAUCCACAGGGGCUAGUCCUCUCCAGCCAGACCAGGGCUGUGCAGGCAGGACCCUGUUGUGGGCAGGGGAUGGGACGGGAGCUGGGACACCCCCAUGGCAGGGGGCUGAGAGGUGUCCCCUGUGGAGGAGCCUCUGGGCAGAUCCCAAGGGGUUUAGGAGUGCCUGAGCCAUCUGCCCCCACUGCUUCAUCCCCAGUGAUUUUUUUCCCCCUCUCAAAGCAUUUAAAUUUUCCUUGUCAGCUGUAGCCCAAAUAUUUACAGUCCACUGGAGUGACUUAAAAUUCCUCUCUGGUAUUAAACAGCGUAGCCGCUCACUCACAGCCAUGGGGAAAGUUCGGGUCCGGGCAGCCGGGACUCAUCCUGCAGCUUCCUCCAAGCCCUGAGGAAGAGGAGGAGAAAAGGUGGGGAGUGAAGGCAGUUAUCUCAGCUGAAAAAGGGUUAGG